GUGACCUCAGUGGAUGCUUCACUUCACGGGUUCGGCGUCACGGCGUGCCGGAUCGAGUCUAGCAGCGUCGGCAAGGUCGGGCGAGUCAGCGAACGUUGUCGAUUUCGUGGAGAACUGCGAAAGUGCUCCAGGCCGCGGGACGUCCUGGAGGAUGUGGAGGUGCCCUUCUCGUUCCUCGCUCGUGGGUCCGAUCUCGACUUCUUGGAGACUGGUGCUCUGACGGAGUUCCCUGAAGUUCCCGAGUGGCUUGCCAAGGACUCCCCCUGGUGUGUCAUUACUGCGAGGAGGUGGAGGAGAAAGGAGAAGAUCUUGAACCUGGAGGCGGAGGCGGCCCUGUGGGCUGCACGGUACGACCCUGUCAGCGAGCAUCACGCCAAGUACUUCUAUGUCAGCAACCCUGGUGGCUCGGAGUGCUCUCCGAGCCGCGACGCGCCCGCCCCGCCUUCGAAGUCUUUGGAGGCGGUCAUCGGCGAUGGAGUGCCGCACCCUCCGGGCCUCCGACGCCUCGCGGCCGCGGUCCCGUUCGCCUACGGCUUGCCGGGGCCCUGGGAGGCUGCGGGCGGCGGUCAGGCGCGCUCCGCGCGCUGGGCGGGGCACGCUCGGAGGCGGCAGGCGCGGCAGGCGAUGCGCCAGGCGCCGUCGACACUGAUCGGGAGUGCGGGGCGGGCAGCCGCCCGCCUGGCCGAGCCCGGCUUCCGCGUGUCCGCGCUGGGAGCGGCGUCGGUCACGCCGGCGACGCAGGACAACUACCUGACACACCUGGAGAUGCUGCUAAGGUGGCUGAUGCGGAGGCAGGCUCCGACGCUCAACAAGGACGAGUGGGAUGUUCUCCUGGCGAGCUACAUCGAGCACCUGUGCGACUCGGGGGCGACCGAGAACGCCGGGGGGACGACGCUGGCUGCAGUGCGGUGGGCAGAGCCUGCCAUUCCGCGGCCGCUCCGCCGAGGCCCCCCCCUGGCCUCGGCCGCGCUGGCCGGCUGGCGGCGGGCCGAGCAGGGGCGGGCGAGGCUGCCGAUGCCGAGCGAGCUGGCUGUCGCGAUCGCCCUGGACCUGUGCGACUGCGGCUUGCCGAGCCUGGGGUUCUUCGUGAUGCUGGUCUUCGAGACGUAUAUGCGGCCCAGCAAGGCCCUGUCUCUGCAGCGCUUCCAGCUCGUCCCACCAUCCGGCCACGGGCUGCCCGGGACCAAGGGGCGGUGGGCUGUGCUGACCCGGGCCCUCGAGCUCGGCAGGCCUGGCAAGACAGGCGACUUCGACGGCAGCGUGAGCCUCGACCUUCCGCGGUACCAGCUGCUGGUGCCAGUCCUCGAGGAGAUCCUCCGCAGGCGGGGCGAGCGGGACCCAGUGUUCCUCUUCGACUACGUGACACUUCUCAGGCACUGGCGAGCGGCGUGCAAGCGGCUCGGCCUCGAGCACCUGCACCUGGCGCCUUACUGCCUGCAGCAUGGCGGCGCGUCGGAGUAUCGGGCAAGCAACUCUCGUCCCAUGCUGGAGGUGAUGAAGCGGGGAGGCUGGAAGACCUACUCGAGCCUGGCCAGGUGCGCGAAGCACGCGCGGCUCGGCCUGGUGGUGCAGUGUGCCGGAGCGGCAGUAGUCUCAG